AUGUCCAUUCUUUGCACCUGUGAAGCAAGAGGUAAAAAUAUCAAAGGGAAGCAAGAUGUAAGACUGGUGCAGUUCUUAAUGGGACUAAACGACAGUUAUUGCAGUGCCAGAGGUAACAUUCUGAUGAUCUCGCGUUUACCUAGUAUUUCUAAUGCAUAUGCUCUCUUAAUUCAAGAGAAGAAACAGAGGGAAAUGAAUACUACACACAAAUACCCAGGAGAAUCUUCUUCAUUCAUAGUGACAGGGACUAACAAUGGAGGACAAAGGCCAUAUGGUUCUGACCCUAAGGGACAAAGGGUACAAUUUGAUAACAAGAAGUUUGGUUUGGUCUGCAGAUAUUGCAAAAAGUCCGGGCACACUAUUGAUAAGUGUUUCAAACUACAUGGUUAUCCAGCAAAUUUUAAAUUUACUAGACAAAGGAGUUUUCAGAACACUGUGCAGGGGAAUGUUGUUCAAGCUAAUGAAGGACGUGGUGGUCAGUUCAUGUAUAAUGCGGAUGAGAAAGUCAAACCUCUCACUAAGGAAGAACUGGAACAUGUGAUGUUGCUACUGCAUCAAGUGAAACCUGAAGAUCAUGGCACUGUUUCCCUUGCCACAACUGGUGAUAAUUGUGCUGGGCCCUUCAAUGAAGAGCCCCAAGGUCCUUGGUGAUUCUCACAAUGGUUUCUAUGUGCUACAA